UGUUAAGCGGUGUCAACAAUCGAGUAGUUAUUUUAAUUAUAAAUGAAAAAUGCGCACAAACGAAGUGGUUGAAGCUUCGAGCAAUUGCAGCCAACCAGCUAAUUUAAAAUGCAAUAGCAAAUUGUUGAUAUUGCCUUUAAAUUUGUUGGAUAAUGGUGAACUAAUGCCACAGCGCUGUUAUGUGCCUCAACAGUUGGCGGAGCAGCUCCAGCUAAGUGGCAAGUGGUGUAAAUGUGAUCUGGACAAUGGACAAUAUGCCAUAUGCCGCGUCUUUCCACGCGCUAGCAGCGAGACAUGUGGAUUUCUAGAUAGCACAGUGGCCUCAACAGAUUUUAAGGAGAGCCAGCAAAGCUGGGCAACAUUGAAGCCGUUAAUUGUGCAGAACCAAGUGGAGCAGAUUAAAUGCAUAGUGAGCAUCAAUGAGCAGCUGUUGCAGCAGGCGCUGGUUUCACUGGAGCAGCUACAUCAUGUUGUCAGCAUAUUUCUGCGUCAUCUAAAGUUGUUCAAAGGUUGCCAAGUGCGACAUAGACGUCUACUGCAUUUGGGUAUAGCUCACAUAGAUAUUGUCGCUGCCUCCAGCGCAGCAGAUGACAGCUGCUUUGAGCACUGUGAAAAUACACAACUUAUUAUAGAGGAUGUGCGGCUGGCCAUGCCCCCAAUUUUGACACCUUUGAAUGCCUAUGAAGCUGAUUGUUUUGAGGCGCCGCUGCAAUCUCUAGCGCAGCUACUGCAUGCUGCACAGAAACCACAAUUCAAGCGACUACCCUUAAACGCUUUAAUCGUAGGCGCUAUGGGCAGUGGCAAGAGCACACUGCUGGCGGAACUUUUGCGUCGCCAGCGUUGCAAUUGUUUCUACAUGACUGCAUCGGAGCUGCUGCGAAGUCCUCCCGGCGAAACGGAGCGGCAGCUGCGAAGCAUUUUUACAGCAGCGCAAACAUUCGUUGAGGCACUCAAGCCAACGCAACCUUUGCUCAUAUUAAUUGAGGACUUGGAGCUGCUCUGCCCUGCCAAAGCUGAUGGCAAUUCCCAGCGUAUAGCAGCGCAGCUUUAUAGCUUGAUAGAUGCGUUACCAGUGCGCUGCCCAGGAGUACUCUGCCUGGCUAGCAGCAGUGCGCCAGAGUCCAUAGCGGCGCCAGCCAGACGCGCUGGACGUUUUGGUUAUGAGAUUAACAUAGAGCUGCUCAACCAGGCGCAGCGUAAAGAUUUAUUUGCCGCGCUCUGGGAGACGCAGCUGCUACAGGAGCAGCUGACGCCGGCUCUGUUAGAUUAUGUAGCCCAACAGACGCAGGGAUUUGUCGUUGCAGAUCUUCAACUGCUGCUGCGACGUCUACAGCAGCAACUUCUUAAGCAUGAUAUAGCCUUCGAGCAGUUGCUAAUGGAAACGCUGGAGCAAUGCCGUCCCAGCGCAGCUCGUGCCAGCGAUGUGCGCAUGCUAAAGUUAAACUCGGUGGGCUUUGAGGCCAUUGCUGGCAUGGAUCAGCUCAAGCGCACGCUGCAAGUUUCCAUUUUGGCUGCACUGCAGCAGAGCGCUGCUCACGCGCGUUUUGGCCUGACCAUGCCUAAGGGUGUGCUGCUCUAUGGACCGCCUGGCUGCGCAAAGACCAGCAUGGCCAAGUGUCUGGCCAAGGAGGCGGGUAUGACAUUCAUUGCUAGCUCAGCUGCAGAGGUCUACUCACCCUAUGUCGGCUGCGCAGAGCGUUUUAUAACUCAAAUCUUCAACACAGCGCGCAAGAAUGCGCCCUGUCUCAUAUUUCUAGACGAAAUUGAUGCUUUAGUGGGUCGACGCAGCUUGUCCGGAGGUAGCGGCAGCGUGCAACUGCGCAUACUCUCCACGCUGCUAACUGAGAUGGAUGGCAUUGUCAGCUCCAGCCAGCAGCAGCAUAUUCUUGUCGUGGCCGCAACCAAUCGUCCAGAUAUGCUAGAUGAUGCGCUACUGCGUCCUGGACGCUUCGACAAGCUUAUACAUGUUCCUGCCCCCGAUUUGCCAUCACGUCUGUCCAUUCUACAGCUGCAUGCCAAACGCAUGCCCUUUCACCCAGCGCUGAACUUGGAGCAACUUGCCGAACGCACUGAACGCUACUCGGGUGCGGAUUUGUGCAAUCUCUGCAAUGAGGCGGCAUUGGAGGCCUUUCAACGUGACGUUGAUGCCAGUCAAAUUGAGCUGCAGGACUUUGACAAGGUGCUGGAACGCCUCAAGUCCUCGCUUAGCCAAAGCCAAAUUGAUAGCUAUUAUAAGUUUGCUGAAAACUUUGUCUAGCAUUUUAAAGAUGCCUAAUUUCAUCCUAAGUCUAAUAUUGUUGAUGAUUCAAUGCAAACAUCAAACAAGCAAUUGUUCUAAGGCAGUCCAACUCUUAAGCUCAGAGUCUACCUGUAGUCAACCCACUCAGCACUCGGCACACUCUCUAGCAUUUGGGCGAAGGGCCGAUGCUUACAUGUGUGGGAGGCUAACAGAUAAGAGAUAAGGCACCAAGCGAGGUCCCUUGCAGAUCAGUUCUGCAUUGACUGUAAACGAGUCAACAAGUAAACUAAGUGUCUGAAUAAUAACAAUAAAUAAACUCAAAAUA